UUUUAGAAUGUUCAACUGAUUUAUAGGAGUGAGAGUAAAUGACUGGACUAAAACCUAAACUAGAGUAAAUCUCCAAUGUCAAAGGUAUUUUGAAAAUGCAAGUAACACUCAGCACAGCGAAUUACUCACUAAGUCUGAAGUUAAAAUUUAAACAAUGCUGGACAAGGAUUAAACAUUUGCAAUACAAGGAUAUAGUUAUCUACAUGUACCAACCAGCUGAUCCGUCCAGUUUGGGAAUUAUACGAUUUUUAUUUGGUUUGCUAAUGUUAAUAGAUUUGUCAGAAGAAAGGGGAGGAUCAAUUAUCGAUUUGAGAUGGGGCCAUCCAAAUGAUUGCCACUUUCCAUUAUUCCCGAUAUUAAAAAAUCCCGGAUAUCAAUGCAUCAGUUUGCUGUAUUUAUUAAUGUGGUUAGGAGCUGCUGGAAUAAUGCUUGGAUAUAAAUUUCAAAUAAGCACUAUAUUGUUUGGAGUUCCUUAUUGGUACCUAUUUUUACUGGACAAAUCAUUGUGGAACAAUCACAGUUACCUGUUUGGACUAAUAUCCAUUUUACUAAUGGGGUCUUCUGCCAAUCAGUAUUUCUCUUUAGAUGGAUACUUGGAUAAGUCUUUGAAAAAUAGAGACGUGCCAUAUUGGAAUUAUUUUAUAUUAAAAUAUCAGUUUUUUUUGCUUUAUUUUCUGGCUGGUUUGAAAAAAAUGAAUAUGGAAUGGUUGGAUGGUUACGCUAUGGCUAAUCUUGGAGAACAUUGGAUUUUUACCCCAUUCAGUUUGGUUUUGUAUCCAGAACAGAUUGCAUAUUUUAUUGUCCACUGGUUUGGGUUUUUAUUGGACUUAACAAUAGGAUUUUGGAUGCUUAUAGAUGUUACGAGACCAGUUGCAUUCCUAUUUUGUGCUAGUUUUCACUUAAUGAAUUCCCGACUAUUCAGUAUAGGCAUGUUUCCAUAUGUUUGUUUAGCAACAAUGCCCUUAUUCUGCGAAGAAACAUGGCCCAAAAAGAUUAUGUCGUUUUUUACCAACAAAAAUUUGGAUUCGUUAACAAGCAAUAAUUGUGUAUAUCAAUUAAAAGGAAAGAAAGAUCCCCCAGAAUACAACACAAGAAUUACUUGGCAGCACAAACUGGUAGUAGGCCUCGUAUUGUCCCAUUGUAGUUUACAGUUGUUUUUACCGUAUUCUCAUUUUAUAACUAAGGGAUAUAACAACUGGACUAAUGGUUUGUAUGGGUACUCAUGGGAUAUGAUGGUUCAUUCAUGGGAUACUGUUAUAAUCAUAAAAGUUGUGGACAACGAAAAUCAAAGGGAACACUUUGUAGAUCCACAAGCGUUAACAGAUGGAACUCGAUGGGGAACACAUGCUGACAUGUGUGUUCAGUAUGCUCAAUGUUUAAAAAGAAACAUAAUACCUAACAUUGAUAGCUUGGACACAAAUUACAAACCGAAAGAGAGCCUUUCGUCUAAUAUAUCCGUCUACAUAGAUGUCUGGUGUUCGUUAAAUAAGCGAUUUACACAAAGGAUGUAUAAUCCAAACUAUGAUCUACUUAAAGCCAAUUGGUCACCGUUUCAACCUGUAGAAUGGUUACUGCCUUUAUUGACCGAAUACAACAACUUUCGGGAACAGAUGGAUAAAAUCAGCGAAGAAGUUUAUUCUUGGUCUCCCACGAGUGAUGUCAUGUUUGUGGCUGAUUUUCCAGGAUUUACGUUGGAAAACUUUAUCAAAGACGAUGUAGAGAAUGCUACGUUAACUGUACUUGAAGGAACAAUCGUGUAUGAGAUAGAAAGUACUGACACCCUUCAGUCAGAAGGAAUAACUUUGCACAAAGACCAAAGUACACCUGUUGAAAUAGAUGCUUUCCACAAAAUCCAUACUAUAAGUAAUACUCCUUCUCGUCUUAUGUAUACAUUUUCAAAGAAAGAUAAUAAUAUAUCUGAAACAGAAGCGGCAUUUGCUCCAUUUCCACUUAUUGAAAAUAUGUCGGAGAUAAUACAGUCAGCUUUAAUAAUGUGGACACAUAUUAAAAACUCAGUUUUAAAUAUUUUCUUUGGAACACCAUAUACAUUAAGAUCACGAAUAUAAGGCAUAAUAGAU